AUGGCUCACAGGCUCCGCUUCUCCUACUGGCUGUUGCUCUGCUGGGCGGCGCUAACUGUGGCGGCAGGACAGAAAGAGGGAGCCACCCCUCCUGCAGGCUUGCAAGAUAACGGAGGCCCUACGGACUGCCAGGUCUUCACACUCACCCCUCCACCCCCCAGGAGGAAUCCGGUGACAAGGAUCCAGCCCGUCACAAGGACACCAAAGUAUUUUCCCAGGGGAAGGCUCUGGAGAGGAAGCUCAUCUGAGGAAAGCAAAUGGAAAAGAGAAGUCCCAAAUACGCGGAAGCAAAAGAAGCCACUGGCACAGAGAAGACUCUAA